AUGAAGGAGCCCAGGAAGGUGGUGCUGCACAGAGGAGCGACGGGUCUGGGCUUCAACAUCGUCGGCGGUGAGGACGGCGAAGGGAUCUUCAUCUCCUUCAUCCUCGCUGGAGGACCAGCUGACCUCUGUGGAGAGCUGAGGAAAGGAGACAGGCUGGUGUCGGUGAACGGAGUCGACCUUCGUAACGCGACGCACGAACAAGCGGCCGCCGCUCUGAAGAACGCGGGACAGACGGUCACCAUCAUCGCCCACUACAGGCCGGAGGAGUACAGCCGGUUUGAAGCAAAGAUUCAUGACUUGAGGGAGCAGAUGAUGAACAGCAGCAUCAGCUCAGGAUCUGGAUCUCUGAGGACGAGCCAGAAGAGAUCGCUUUACGUCAGAGCUCUGUUUGACUACGAUAAGACCAGAGACUCCGGUCUUCCCAGUCAGGGACUCAACUUUAAGUUCGGAGACAUUCUGCACGUGGUGAACGCCUCCGAUGACGAGUGGUGGCAAGCUAGACAGCUGACGGCUCAGGGAGACCUGGAGGAAGUGGGAGUGAUUCCCAGCAAGAGACGAGUGGAGAAGAAGGAGCGAGCGAGAUUAAAGACGGUGAAGUUCAACGCUAAGUCUCGAGACAGAGGGCAGUCUCUCACUGACAAGCGUAAAAAGAACCUCUUUACCAGAAAGUUUCCGUUCUACAACAAGAGCAAAGAGGCGAGCGAGCAGGAGACGAGCGACGUGGACCAACACGUGACGUCUAACGCCAGCGAUAGUGAGAGUAGCUACCGUGGACAGGAGGAGUACGUUCUGUCGUAUGAACCCGUCACUCAGCAGGAAGUGAACUACACUCGUCCCGUCAUCAUCCUCGGACCGAUGAAGGACCGGAUCAACGAUGACCUCAUCUCUGAGUUCCCUGAUAAAUUCGGAUCCUGCGUUCCACAUACGACCCGACCGAAGCGUGACUAUGAGGUAGACGGCAGAGAUUAUCACUUUGUGGUUUCCAGAGAGCAGAUGGAGAAAGACAUCCAGGAUCAUAAGUUCAUCGAGGCGGGUCAAUAUAACAACCACCUGUACGGGACCAGCGUGCAGUCGGUCCGAGAGGUGGCGGAGAAGGGUAAACACUGUAUCCUGGAUGUUUCGGGGAACGCUAUAAAGAGACUCCAGCUGGCUCAGCUUCAUCCCAUCGCCAUCUUCAUCAAACCCAAAACAGUAGAGAACAUCAUGGAGAUGAACAAGCGUCUGACGGAGGAGCAGGGAAGGAAAACCUUCGACAGAGCUACUAAACUGGAGCAAGAGUUCACUGAGCAUUUCACAGCCAUCGUGCAGGGCGACACGCUGGAGGAGAUCUACGAGCAGGUGAAGCAGAUCAUCGAGGAACAGUCGGGUCCGUUCAUCUGGGUUCAGUCCAAGGAGAAGUUAUGAAGACCAGAACCCUUCAUCACUCCUCUCCUCCUCCUCCUCCUCCUCCUCCUCCUCC